UCAUUUGAGUAUUUUUUGGUUAAAAAAUCAAAGAGUCAAACUCAAAAAUAUCAGGUUGAUACAACUGUCCUUAUAAUAAAAUGAUUAUAAAUGAAAGUAAAACAACACAAAUAUAUGGUUGCUCUCUUGAAGCAAAACACACAGUUUGCAUUUGAGGAUCCUCAUGAUCCUUCAAUAGUGAAGAAAAAACCCUUUUUUAAAAAAUGAAAAUUUUAUUAAUAGUUCCUUAUAUUUAAUAAAAAUGCUUGUUACCUUGAAAAAUAUAUUUAAUACUUUUUUGAAAAUUAUGAUUAAAGUGUGUACAUUCACAUGUACUACAUGGCACUCUACAUUUUUAGUUUUUUCUUUCACAAAUUUAUUUAAAUCCUGAAACUUCACAACCCUAAAAAAAAUAUAAACAUCAAAUAUGCAGAAGCACAAAAAGCCAUCUGGCUUUGGCAAGAGAUUACUCUUCAUAUCAGCAUGUCAUCUGUGCAUUUCACAGGCUGCAUAAUAAAACCUCUAAGAUAACUGAUAUUUUGGGAUGUUUAUCUACAAGGCUAAAUGAUACUGGGAAUGCUAUCAGUGUUUUAGGAAAUGUAACUGGUCUGUGUUGCUGUCCAGGUUAGUUAUAUAAAUGACAGGUGUUUGCCUGAAACCACUGCAAUCAGGCAUCAUGAAAUUUGUGAUCUUGGCUCUGUUCAUUGCUGGCGCCUACGGUUGUGGGCGGCCCACCAAUAAACCUAUCGCCUCAAGGGUGGUGGGUGGAACUGAUGUUAGACCAAACAGCUGGCCAUGGCAGGUGUCUCUCCAGUACCAGAGCGGCUCCAGCUUUUACCACACUUGUGGUGGCACCCUGAUCGAUAAGCAGUGGGUUUUGACUGCUGCUCACUGCAUUGGCAGCCGCACUUACAGAGUCUACCUGGGCAAGCACAACCUGGAACUCAGCAGCGAGUCCGGCUCUCUCGCCAUCUCUCCUUCCAGGAUUAUAGUGCAUGAGAACUGGGAUUCCUACAAUAUCCGCAAUGACAUUGCCCUGAUCAAGUUGUCGAGUCCAGUGACUUUCACUGACAAGAUUUCACCUGCUUGCCUGCCUAAUUCCGGAAAUAUUCUGCCUCACAACUUCUCCUGUUACGUCACUGGCUGGGGACGCCUCUGGACCAAUGGCCCCAUUGCUGAUAUCAUGCAGCAGGCUCUGCUCCCUGUUGUGGAUUACAAUACCUGCACUAGGUCUGACUGGUGGGGCAACCUUGUGACCAACCUCAUGGUGUGCGCUGGUGGAGACGGAGUCGUGUCCAGCUGCAAUGGUGAUUCUGGUGGCCCUCUGAACUGCCAGAGAAGUGACGGCACCUGGGAUGUUCACGGUAUUGUGAGUUUUGGCUCCAGCAUGGGCUGCAACUACCCCAAGAAGCCCUCCGUCUUCACCCGUGUGUCCGGCUACAUCUCCUGGAUCAACAAUGUGAUGACCUCUUAUUAAAGUGUGAAAGGUGUGGUUACCUCAAAAUCAACAACAACAACAACAACAAAAUAAAUGUGGAAUCAAUAAACAAAUUUAUUCAACAAC